CCGGAACCAUUUAACGUAGGAUGUUGUUUUACCCGGUGCGCAUUUUUGCUGACGGAACUGAAUGUGACAGAUUGUAAACAGAAUCGGGAUGUCUGGCUCUGGGGAAGGACGUCCUGGUGCCACCUUGGAUUUAUCACUCACUGAAACAACGCCUUACUGACUGCAGUGAUUUAAUUGAGGAACUCGUCUGAGGCAACACCUGUUCUAGACAGCUCUGAGUUUACACUCAGGUUCUGCUGACCUCACCUUACCCAGUGGUGAUACUGAUUGCUGGCACAGCGGUCAGUUCUCAUUAGGUGCUUGAUUAACAACGUUGGCAGACUUGGCACAUAAAGUGGCAGUACUGGAAGGGGUUCAGGCUUUUGUGUACCAUCUGUUUUGCAACAGUCCUUUUGGGUUCAGACAGCAGAUGUUCCGUCUGCGGUGCCUUGAGGCUUCUCGAUCCUGCCCUAUCUACCCUCGCACAUGUAAGGAAUUGGUCCAUUUGCCCCACCCCUCCGCUUCUGUGACGCCAAAACUGUUGAGGUGAUGGAGGGUCUGGAGGUCGAGGACAUUAGCCCUGCCCUCGAGGCCACUGAGGAUUACCUGCACUGCCUCGCUGACAAUCAAGGGGAUGUCCAGGUACGUCCGCCCAAGCUUAAAGAGGCCUCCACCAUGGACAAGUUGAAUUCCAGUGGUGUGUGGGGGCUACUGACAGGAAAGCAGUCGGAGAUAUCACCAGGCAAUAUGGCCUGGGCAGAGCAGACGUCCUUCAGUGUGCUGGGCCUACGACAUGGAAAAAGGAACCGGGCACGAUCCACCAAUGAUUUGGCGGCGCAUGCCAAAGAGGCGAACUCAACCACCAAUACAUCCAAUGGCGGCUUCAAACGUGGCCACAACCGUUCCCGUUCAGACGUCAACAACCGCACUUACACCGAUAAUGGCAUGCCAGCCAUUGACAAAAAUACCCUCAAGAACAUGGCACUGAACGACUACAGAGAUGCUCAUAAGGAGAGCAGCCCAAGCCUGGUGAAGCAGGGAACGCUAGAACAGAGAGAGGGACCGUGGGGACGCUGGACCGCCUGUCAUGUGGAGCUUACGCCCUGUGAGCUGCGUCUCUACAGCCUGGACAGCAGCGGCAACCAGCAGCUAUGUGCCGCCCUCUCGCUGUCCCACUGCCAAGGGGUGAGUGCUCCCCAGACGCAGGAUGGACGUGUGCUGCAGGCCGUCUUCUUUAACAGCACCCGUGUGCAGUUACGCGCACCGUGCCAGUGGGAGGCACUGGAGUGGCGUAGACUCCUCUGGGAACGCGUCUUGGCCGCCCGUGCAGCCCAUCGCAAAGGGGAGCCGGCACCUACCCUCCAUGAACCCGAUCCAGACACGGCGACCGUGCCAGCCCCUCGACCGCUGGUACGUCCCACGGCCCUACCACUGUUCACCCAGCAGUGUGCCGAUGUUCUUAAAGCUGGCCUUCUGCACCAACUCACUGACCUCAACAACUGGAGGGCCUUCACGUUUGUACUGAGCCGGACCGAGCUGCAAGCCUUCCCGACCGAGGGAAGAGGCCCGGUGUCGGAGCCAGUGCUGCGGUACCGGCUGGCUUGCUGUCUGGCUGUGCAGCGGGAUGAUGAAGACGGUGGCUCUAGCUCCCGCUUCCAGGCGGUCUUCCCUGAUGAUGUGCUGCGCUUGCGGGCAGAGAGUGAGUCCAAAACUCAAGACUGGGUGGAGGCCCUAAGAACAGCGGUGACGGCUCAGCGGCCACAGUGUGAGAAUAGUCAAGUCCCCAGCGGAGUGCUGAUGAGGAGUAAGCCAGCCAGGGAGCGACGGCACAGGGAAGCCCAGAGAGCUAAACGACAGUCCGUCACCACUAGCUUUCUCAGUAUCCUUACCUGUCUGGCUGUAGAAAAGGGUCUCACCACUCAGAGCUUCCGAUGUGCAGGGUGUCAGAGGCCAGUGGGUCUGUCACGGGGCAAAGCUAAAGUUUGCUCUUACAGUGGCUGGUACUACUGCCCAAGUUGUCACCAGGACAACCUCUUCCUCAUACCUGCUCGUCUACUGCACAAUUGGGACACUAAUAAACACAAGGUAUCGAAACAAGCGAAGGAGUUUCUGGAGUUUGUUUAUGAGGAGCCAUUGUUAGACGUCCAGCAGUUGAACCCGUGUCUGUAUGAGCAUUGCGAGGCGCUGGCGGCCGUUCUCAAACUGAGACAGCAGCUCCAGUCUCUCAGGGCCUACCUCUUCAGCUGCCGGGCCACAGUGGCAGAAGACCUCCGCCGCAGGAUCUUUCCAAGAGAAUACCUGUUACAGCACGUGCACCUCUACUCAUUGGCAGACCUGCAGCAGGUCAUAGAUGGAAAGCUUGCUCCCUUCCUCUCUAAGGUGAUCAAGUUUGCCAGCUCUCAUGUCUACAGCUGUAGUCUGUGCCGGGAGAAGGGCUUCAUCUGUGAGCUUUGCCAAAACGGUCAGGUCAUCUAUCCCUUCCAGGAGAAUUCCACCAGAAGAUGCGAUGGCUGCGGAGCCGUCUUCCACGCCGAGUGUCGGAUGCGAGCCCAGCCGUGCCCGCGAUGCGUACGCAGAGAACUGCACAAGAAGCCGGCGUCAUUCUGGAGGAGGCUCGGCCCUCACGACAGCCCCGAUGAUCAAGUGCUAGACUGCUUUGAGCUGGACACCUGAACACACUGCACUAAUGAAGUCCGAGUGCUGCUGUAUCCAAGAAGCACAAGAUACUGUGGUCCUUCGGUGGAAGUGCUCCCUGAAAACCGAGAAACAGAGGAGUUUUUGUUUUUUUACAUUCUCCCUCACCUGAGAGAGAUGGGCACAGAGACAAUAAUUCAGCUCCCGAAGAGCAGAGGCUUCAUAAUGAUACCAAUUUACCCUUCCCUUUCAUCUACCAAAUGACAGCCAGGGCCAACCGACAAAUACAGGCAAAGUACACUCACACACUUGCACAUAAACACUCUCACUGGCUGAUGUAAAAUAAUGCACUUUUUUUUGGCAGACUCACAAUCCAAGAGUGAUGAUUCAAACCAAUUUCUGGACACAAAUAGAGCUUCUAAUCCAUUAAUGGUUUGGUGAAAAUGAGCGCUGCAAGAUGGCUGUCUGGCCGCUCCAUUCGGUUUCCCUCCACGCUGUAGUUAACCUACGAUGCCGAAGAACCUUGAUCUAGAACAGGAAGAUGAACUUCCUUAGAACAAAAAUAUCUUUUUUUUAUGUUUUUAACAUGAUUUCAUUAUUGAAUUUGCAACUUGUUCAAUGUUUUUUAUAUAAGUUCAUUGCACUUUCAGUCACAGUAUGUUUGCAUACCUGUUUUCAUUUUAAAUCCGUUAUGCUUUGAGCUUUGUGGACCGAAGGUUUGAGUUGUGUAAUAUGAACUAGGACUGCUGUCUUGUCCCGUCCAGCCGAAGUUUAAAAAGUUUGACUGUUUAUCAACACUCAAUGGCACUGCCUAUAAGCAGCCGAACCACGUUGUUCUUGCUAACCGCCUGGUCUAAGAUUACAAGCUACCCUCGGCCACCAAGCCCCAAAAUUACAGUCUAGAGUUCCAGGGCUUUGUUUAGCAUUCAUACGUCUAUUUAACAAGAAACGUAAAGCAAACCCGCCGUGGACGAGCUCAUAAUUCAUGUCUAACUGACCUCUGCUUUUGAUCCACGCUGCCUCUCUGCGCUCAUACUGCGUUUUCUUGCUACUUGAACUUAGAGUUGGCAAUGAAGUCACUUGUUUUGCUUUU